CUUCCUUUUCUCCCAGCAGCAUGUCGUGGUUUAGUGGUCUGCUAGUCCCGAAAGUGGAUGAACGGAAAACAGCCUGGGGCGAACGCAACGGGCAAAAGCGCCCGCGCCGUGGGACACGGACUAGUGGCUUCUGCACACCCCACUAUAUGAGCUGCCUCCAGGAUGCAGAGCCUCCCAGCCCAACCCCUGCAGCACCCCCUCGGUGUCCCUGGCAGGAUGAAGGCUUCAUCCGCAGGGGUGGCCUAGGCAAGGGCACAGAGUUGGGAUUGCGUGCGGUAGCCCUGGGCUUUGAGGACACAGAGAUAACAACGGCAGUAGGGGCAUCUGAGCUGGCGCCCAAUGUGGUGCCCAGGAGUGGGCGAUCCUGCUGGCGCCGCCUAGCACAGGUGUUCCAGUCGAAACAGUUUCGCUCUGCCAAGCUGGAGCGCCUGUACCAGCGGUACUUCUUCCAGAUGAACCAGAGCAGCCUGACGCUGCUGAUGGCAGUACUGGUGCUGCUCAUGGCUGUGCUGCUGGCUUUCCAUGCCGCACCUGCCCGCCCUCAGCCUGCUUAUGUGGCGCUGCUGGCCUGUGCUGCCACCCUCUUCGUGGCACUCAUGGUGGUGUGUAAUCGACAUAGCUUCCGCCAGGACUCUAUGUGGGUGGUGAGCUAUGUGGUACUAGGCAUCCUGGCAGCUGUGCAACUUGGGGGGGCCCUGGCAGCCACCCCUCACAGCCCCUCUGUAGGCCUCUGGUGCCCUGUAUUCUUUGUCUACAUCACCUAUACCCUUCUACCCAUCCGCAUGCGGGCAGCUGUCUUCAGUGGCCUGGGCCUCUCCGCCCUGCAUUUGAUCUUGGCCUGGCAACUCAACCGUGGAGAUGCCCUCCUCUGGAAGCAGCUCGGGGCCAACGUGUUGCUGUUCCUCUGCACCAACAUCAUUGGCAUCUGCACACACUACCCAGCUGAGGUGUCUCAGCGCCAGGCCUUUCAGGAGACCCGUGGCUACAUCCAGGCCCGGCUGCACCUGCAACAUGAGAAUCGGCAGCAGGAGCGGCUGCUGCUGUCCGUGUUGCCCCAGCAUGUUGCCAUGGAGAUGAAAGAAGACAUCAACACAAAGAAAGAAGACAUGAUGUUCCACAAGAUCUACAUCCAGAAGCAUGACAACGUCAGCAUCCUGUUUGCGGACAUCGAAGGCUUCACCAGCCUGGCUUCACAGUGCACUGCGCAGGAACUGGUCAUGACCCUGAAUGAGCUCUUUGCCCGCUUCGACAAGCUGGCUGCGGAAAAUCACUGCUUGAGGAUCAAGAUCUUAGGGGACUGCUACUACUGUGUGUCAGGGUUGCCGGAGGCCCGGGCAGACCAUGCGCACUGCUGUGUGGAGAUGGGGGUGGACAUGAUCGAGGCCAUCUCGCUGGUUCGUGAAGUAACAGGCGUGAACGUGAACAUGCGUGUCGGCAUCCACAGUGGGCGAGUGCACUGCGGUGUCCUUGGCCUGCGGAAAUGGCAGUUUGACGUGUGGUCCAAUGAUGUGACUCUGGCAAAUCACAUGGAGGCAGGGGGCCGGGCCGGUCGCAUCCAUAUCACUCGGGCCACGCUGCAGUACCUGAACGGGGACUACGAGGUGGAGCUGGGCCGAGGUGGCGAACGCAACGCAUACCUUAAGGAGCAGCACAUUGAAACAUUCCUCAUCCUGGGUGCCAGCCAGAAGCGGAAAGAGGAGAAGGCCAUGCUGGCCAAGCUGCAGCGGACACGGGCUAACUCUAUGGAGGGGCUGAUACCACGCUGGGUGCCCGACCGCGCCUUUUCCCGAACCAAGGACUCUAAGGCUUUCCGCCAGAUGGGUAUUGAUGAUUCCAGCAAAGACAACCGCAGUGCCCAAGAUGCCCUGAACCCUGAGGAUGAGGUGGAUGAGUUUCUGGGCCGUGCCAUUGAUGCUCGCAGCAUUGACCAGCUCCGGAAGGACCACGUGCGCCGGUUCCUGCUCACCUUCCAGAGAGAGGACCUUGAGAAGAAGUACUCCCGGAAGGUGGACCCCCGCUUCGGAGCCUAUGUUGCCUGUGCCCUGUUGGUCUUCUGCUUCAUCUGCUUCAUCCAGCUCCUCAUCUUCCCACACUCAACCCUGAUGCUUGGGAUCUAUGCCAGUACCUUCCUGCUGUUGCUGAUCACCGUGCUGAUCUGUGCUGUGUACUCCUGUGGUUCCCUGUUCCCUAAGGACCUGCAACGUCUGUCCCGCAGCAUUGUCCGUUCGCGGGCACACAGCACUGCAGUUGGCAUCUUUUCGGUCAUGCUUGUCUUCAUCUCUGCUGUCGCCAACAUGUUCACCUGUAACCAUACUUCCAUCCGGACCUGUGCAGCCCAAAUGUUGAAUUUAACACCCGCCGACAUCACCGCCUGCCACCUGCAGCAGCUCAAUUACUCACUGGGACUGGAUACUCCCCUGUGUGAGGGCACCGCACCCACCUGCAACUUCCCUGAGUACUUCGUUGGGAACAUGCUGCUGAGUCUCUUGGCCAGCUCUGUCUUCCUGCACAUCAGCAGCAUUGGGAAGUUGGCUAUGAUCCUUGUCCUGGGGCUCAUCUACUUAGUGCUGCUUCUGCUGGGUCCUCCAGCCACCAUCUUUGACAACUAUGACCUGCUGCUUGGCGUCCAUGGCUUGGCUUCUUCCAAUGAGACCUUCAAUGGGCUAGACUGUCCAGCUCCAGGGAGGGUGGCACUCAAGUAUAUGACCCCUGUGAUUCUGCUGGUGUUUGCCCUGGCGCUGUAUCUGCAUGCUCAGCAGGUGGAGUCGACUGCUCGCCUGGACUUCCUCUGGAAACUGCAGGCAACAGGGGAGAAGGAGGAGAUGGAAGAACUCCAGGCUUACAACCGGAGACUGCUGCACAACAUCCUGCCCAAGGACGUGGCCGCCCACUUUCUGGCCCGUGAGCGCCGGAAUGAUGAGCUCUACUAUCAAUCGUGUGAAUGUGUGGCUGUCAUGUUUGCCUCCAUUGCCAACUUCUCUGAGUUCUACGUGGAGCUGGAGGCAAACAACGAGGGUGUCGAGUGCCUGAGACUGCUCAAUGAGAUCAUCGCAGACUUUGACGAGAUCAUCAGCGAGGAGCGGUUCCGGCAGCUAGAGAAGAUCAAGACAAUCGGCAGCACCUACAUGGCUGCCUCUGGGCUGAAUGCCAGCACCUAUGAUCAGGUGGGCCGCUCCCACAUCACUGCCCUUGCUGAUUACGCCAUGCGGCUCAUGGAGCAGAUGAAGCACAUCAAUGAGCACUCCUUCAACAACUUCCAGAUGAAGAUUGGGCUGAACAUGGGCCCAGUCGUGGCGGGUGUGAUUGGGGCUCGGAAGCCACAGUAUGACAUCUGGGGGAAUACGGUGAAUGUCUCCAGUCGUAUGGACAGCACAGGAGUCCCUGAUCGAAUCCAGGUAACCACGGACCUGUACCAGGUUUUAGCUUCCAAGGGCUACCAGCUGGAGUGUCGAGGGGUGGUCAAAGUGAAGGGCAAGGGGGAGAUGACCACCUACUUCCUCAACGGAGGCCCUAGCAGUUAGCAGGGCCCAGCUGCAAAUUCAGCAGACGGGACCAAGGUGGGCAUUGAGCAGGCUCUGUGCUUGCUGGUGGAGCCACGGCAGGGCCCCUGGAUCUUCCAACCCUGCUGACCACAGAAGGGAAAACCCCAGCCAGCUGUGCUUGGACCAUGCUCCUCUGCCCUCAGCCUGGUGAAUGAGGGGAUACCAAGAGGAUUAUGCAAGUGACUUUCUUUUUUAAUGGAGAGAGGGCUGUUCCUGCUCCUUUCUUCCAGCUUUUGGGAGCCGAGGAGCUGGCAACAGUAAAGGCCUCCUCUCUGAGAGAUUGAUUAAAAUGGCACCUUGCUAUGCCUGCCCCUCCCCUGUCUGUCUGGGCAACAGGCUCUGGACUGGGCCCUUUCUUUCCCUCUUUUUUCUGGGAAUAUUUUGUACAAAGACUGGGGCAGGCAUGAGGAGUGCCUAUUCCAUGCUUGCCUUUGCUAUACCUGCAUCCCCAGCACUGGUCCUGGGCACCCCCACCCCAGCCAGGUCUCCUUCUCCAGGCAUAGGCAGAGGAGGAAGACACUCUGGGGACCCAACUCUGCCCAAAUUUCAGAGGAAUGUUUCCAUUUGCCAAAUUCUAGUCUCAUGAUUUGUCUCCAAAGGGGAACAGGGGGCUUCGGACAGCUCUGAUUUAGCUCCAGUUCCUACGUGGCUUUAGGGAAAAGGGGCGUCUGGUCUCCAUGGUACUGUGAAAAUGUCCAGCCAGAGAGCCAGGGCAUGUGUGGGGAUGUCAGAAGAUCAGGAGCUGGAAGUUCGUCUACAGGUGCCAAAGAGAACAGGCUGGCCAGGGAGAAAGGUGGUGGCCAGCUCUACUUGACCUGGUGUGGUCAAAGUCAGGGCACUCUGCCCCAGCUCUCUUGCUGUCUGCUGUCAAAGGGACAUGGAGCGUCCCUACCCUUUCCAUUGCCAAAUAGAAAAGGGUCAGGGCAUGAGGAAGAUGGCCCUGAUCCCAAACCUGUUCUCUCCAGUCUUACUCUGGGGAGGUCCUGUGUGUUUGUGUAUCUGUGUGCGCAUGUUGGUCUUUGUGUGCAUUUCUGUUUUCCAGACCUGUGUGUGUCCUUGUGUUCCUGCUCUGCAGCCAUCCACCGGGUAGCCUCUCUCCCAUGGGCCUCUGUCUUCUGGGAAUAAGGCAGGGCUUCCUAUUUCAAGGGAUGGAGAGAGAUGCCCAGGUUGCACAGAAGUGGAAGGGUUGUGGUAGCAAAAGGAGGGUGGCCCUGGGGAGAGGAAUCCUUUCUGUGCCAAAUCCCUAAGUGCCGUUUGGGGACCACGCGUGCAACAUGACUGUCUCCCUGUUUGGGGCAGGAACCCAAGCGCCUGCAUCAGCCCCAGCAUUCUGUGCACUUGAACUGCCUGGGGUUUGGUAGGCAGAGGAUCAGGAAUUUCCCAGGUUCCCCAGCUCAUGUCCGGGUAUGUGGUAUACUUUGAGACUGGGGUAGCAUGGGAUUCCUCUGAGGACCCAGAUAUUGGUACUAGGGGACAGGCAGAGGAAGCUUGAACUUUGCCUUCCCCAGCCUUCAGCCUGAGUCUAGCAUGUCCCCGGCUCCCCAAUUGAAGCCUUCAAGGGCUAGCAGAAGGAUUAGGAGGUUGGAUUCUAGAUUCCCUUCUAUCCUUCCCCUCUUUGUACUCCUUUUCCCAUAACCUCCUUGGCUCUGGCCUGAGUUAAGUUGAUGCUUCUCUGUCUGUACCUGUUUAAGCCAGAAGCAUUAGCCUAAUUUUUGCUUGGAGAUCACUUUGUCACAGAGGUGACUGGAGAGGCAGACAGAGGAUAGAGGGUCCCUGAGUGAUGCUGGGUUUGGGGAAUACAAGGGUCUGACUGCUCUCUUGCCCUUCCGCAUGGCCCUUCUGACCCCAGCUCCCUGUGGAGAUCUGGUUUCUGGCUCGGUACUAUCUGCCUGGGGGUUCUUCAUGCAUCAGCCAAUGAGGCAUCAAGCCCUUCAUUAGUUCAGGCUGACGGAGGGGGGAAAACUAUUGGUCCAGACCGAAAAUAGCCAAAUCCCUGGAUAGGAAGGGCCAGCCUGGCACCAUGUGGGGAGGAGUAAGUAGAGUGGAAGACCUCGGCCUUGGGUACUGCUUCUUGCCAGGUGAGAGAGGCUUGUCUACACCCUGGCUCCCUGUACCACAGUGCCAGCCAUGCCCUUCUCCUGGGCUACCAUUGCCCUUUUCUUCACCAGUAGGUGGGGAGUCAGGGGAGGGGAGGCUCAUGGGCUUUGGUUUUAUAAUGUAACCACUGUGGGAGGGGGCAGGGGGUGUGCCAUGUAUUUCAGUGAAAUAUUUAAUAUAUUUAAAUAUCAAUAAAAUCAAUCUCUUUUUAAAA